CACUACACAGACAGACAAAAACAUAUCUUUUCUUGCCUUUUAAAGAGAGAAAGAAUGGAGAUAUAAAUGCCACAGUGAAAACAGCUCUACUGAAAGAAAUGGGACUUAGAGGUUGAUGUUUGACAGAGAGAGAGAGGGAGAGAGAAGCAUCUUCUUGGCUUGUUACACGUUUCAAUGUAGUCAGGUUCCUGCUUAAUGAGUUGAAGUCGAAGUUUGGUGGGCUUUUUGAUUGUCUAGCAGCUUUUGCAGAAAAUCAUGGAGUCUUGAUGGUACGUGGGCAGGAAUUGGUGCUGUGAUCCUCCAGGGGAUGAAAAAAUAACAUUGAUAAUUCAACAUCCUCCAAGUUAUUUCUAAAAUUCUGGUUUUUCAUGAUGUCCCCCAUUUCUAAAAUGGCACAGCAACUGAAACUGCAGCAAUGCUGGGAGUUUAGGAGGAAAGACGAUGACUCUGACUCUUCAAGCAAUGAUUCAAAACCAAGUGGCGAACCAGCUCUAAAAAAACACAAACUGAUCUCGAACUUCAUUUCAGUUGAUAAUGAUGAAACUAGUGAUGCUAGUAAAUUGCACCAGAUUGGCAACUGUGAUCCUGGUAUUUCAGACCAAAUGAAAUCUGGGAAAGCUGAAAAUGGCCGAAGGAGGAGGAGUAAAAAGAAUGAUUCAACUCCUAAUGAAAAGAAGAAGGGCCCUCACAGAGAAGUCCGCCGUAAGAAUAGUAAACCUAUUACUCAUGAACAUGCUGUAUUUGAUGAUCUUAAGAAGUACAUGAACUUUUUAUUAGAGGAUCUUAAAGUUUCAAGAGAGAAUUUGUUGAAGUGGAUGAGGGAAGAAAUGCAGAAAUUGGUGGAAGAGGAGACUGUUUCUGAGCUGGAAAAAAGAGAAAGCAGCUUUAGAGGAGAGAAAGUUCAAUUGCAGCUUCAAACCAGCUUAGAGGAGAAUGCACAAGUUCAGCACCAAAACACUUCCGGGAACAUGCCAGCCCAGCAUCAUAACAACAUUCAGGGCUAUGGCCAAGCGCAGCCCCAUAAUAAGUUUGAGGAGAAUGUCCAUAGGCAGAACCUAAUCAACUUUCAGAAGAACCCCGAAGUGCAUCAUCAGAAGAAUUUUCUGGAGAACAUUUUCCUGCAACAUCGAAAUGCCUUCAGAUUGUUCAAAGGAUCUCAAGAUUGCAAUGAUGGAUCUACAGAAGGGUUUGGCAAAACCAAUAAAUCAACUGAUUCUAGUAAUUGCAGUCUAACAUUGGAUAGUCAUAUUAGCCGAGCAACUGUACCCAUGACAACAACUGAGAAGGAAAGAGAAGAAAGAAUGGCAUUAUCUGCCAAGAUGAAUUCUAAACCUAGUCCUUCAGAUAAGAAUGUGCAAGUGCAGAAGCCAAAGAGUAUUGUGUUGGGCAUAAGAGCUCAAUGCAAUGGUGGAUCUUUAGAGAGGUCUGCAAAAGGCAGAAAAAUUACUGAUUCUAAUAAUCACCAUCAAGCACCUGAACAUCAAUCUGAUUAUGCCCAAGCGAUUGGAUCCGUGACAUCAAGCAAGAAGAACAAACGAGAAAGGCUGGCAAUAACUUUCGAGCCAAUGAUUCCAACUGGCUCCUCCAAUCAGGUAGCUUCUUCAAUGUACUUAACACUGCCUACUGUGUUAACAAAGCCUCACGUAGCAAACCAUAGGUUUGAUACAUCUUCAUUGAACUCUAUUCAACCAAGAUUUGCUGGGAAUCAAAUAGGCAUGAGUUCAGAAAGAUCGAAUCUGAUACUAGGUUCAAGCAGUCUUCAUGGAUACUUUCAGGGCAUGCAGCCAGAAGAAAGAAGUAGAAGCUUUGCUCAAAUGAGUUCCAGAGACGUCAGUUACUUCAACCAAAACAGCACCAUGUCAUCAAUUGUUGGAAAUGGACUCCCAGUUCCAUUUCUUCAGGCUGCAAAUAGUAGUUUUAACAUCCCAACCCAAGUCAGCUUGCAAAAUCUAGCUCGUGAAAGCAGCGCCCCAGGUCUGACCAUGAAUGGAGGAGCCGUGAGGCUUCCGGGGGGAAGCUACUCUUUCUCAGAACAGUUGAUAGCCAACAACUUCCUCAACCAUUCUAGUUACAAAGCUGAUGGUAGACUAACGUCAUACCAAGAUGGUUAUCAAUUCCCAAAAUAGUUUUCAUUCGAGGUGAAUAAUGAGCCGGAAACAAAAUUGCACUUAACUAUGGAUCACAAGAUACCAAACAUAUCUAUAUUGUUUUUUGCCUGGUUUCAAUCCUUACCAGAUGUAAGAGAGAACUAUUUUGACAUUUUCGAAGAUCCUAGAUUCGAUAGUUGAUU